CCCUGCUCCAAAUGCACUGGCACUGGCAGAGUUUGGGGACGUUGAAGUUGCAGUAGAGAACGCCCCAGCGGCCUUUUUGCACCAAGCUGACCAGCGUCUGGUGAUCCUUUUCUUCUUUGCUGAGGCGGAGGGGUGACGAAUCUUUGCACCCAAUCGGAUUUUUUGAACUGCUCAGACCUGGGCGGGUUAGGGGCAGAGUCUGAGGUUUUACUCCAGUUCGCCUGUACAUACUGAACUUAUUGUUGAGGGCUUACCAGUUCCUCCUGCAGGGGAUGGCUCCUCGCCAGGGAUGCCUGUUGGCGGCGCUGUUGCUGGGCCUGUGGGCGUCUCUCUGCUCCGCCCGGUUUAUUGUGGAAACCCACAGCAUCCGGGUGACAGCUCCUAAAGAAUUGAAGGGCACGUUUGACAGCUCAAUCGCAAACUUUGGGACGCCAAAUUACGGUGGCUCGUUGUCGGGGGUUGUUGUCUUCCCCAGCGUAGACCAGGACGCGUGUACAGGGUUUGCAGAUGGAGGAUACAACUUCAGGACGCAGGCAGGGCAGCUGCCGAAGAUUGUCUUGGUCGACAGAGGCAGCUGCUACUUCACCAAGAAGGUGUGGGACGCCCAGCAGGCGGGCGCGUCGGCCGUCAUCGUCGCAGAUGACAAGGACGAGCCCUUGAUCACGAUGGACGCCCCAGAGGAUGACCCCACCGCCGAUGAGUACCUCGCCCAAAUCUCCAUCCCGUCGGCGCUCAUCACCAAGGACCUGGCAGACAAGCUCAAGAAGGCGCUCUCCGAUAAGCAGCUGGUGCAGAUCGUGCUUGAUUGGAGCGAGGCGAUCGCGCACCCGGACGAGCGCGUCGAGUACGAGUUCUGGACCAACUCGAACGACGAGUGCGGGCAGAAGUGCGACGCGCAGGCGGCGUUCGUCAGGGACUUCAAGGCCGCCGCGCAGAUCCUGGAGCAGGGGCAGUUCACGCUGUUCACGCCGCACUACAUCACGUGGUACUGCCCCGACUCGUACAGAGACAGCCUGCAGUGCCAGCUGCAGUGCAUCAACAACGGGCGCUACUGUGCGCCCGACCCCGAGCAGGACUUUGAGCAGGGGUACGACGGGCGGGAUGUCGUCAUUGAGAACCUGCGCCAGCUGUGCGUGUACCGUGAGGCGACGGCGGCCAAGAAGCCCUGGGUGUGGUGGGACUACGUGUCGGACUUUGAGAUCCGCUGCUCCAUGGCUACGGGGCAGUACAACGCCGAGUGCGCGGAGCAGGUCAUCACUUCACUCGGCCUUGACGUGAAGAACAUCCGCAACUGCGUCGGUGACCCCACCGCCGAUGUGGAGAACACCGUUUUGGCAGCAGAACAGAAGGCUCAGGUCGGUGAUGGCGAUAGGGGCGAUGUCACCAUUUUGCCCACUGUGGUCAUCAACAACAGGCAGUACCGAGGCAACCUGGAGAAGCAGUCGGUGCUCAAGGCCAUCUGCUCUGGGUUCAAGGAGACCACCGAACCCGCGGUGUGCCUGGGGGCAGACGUGGAGACCAACGAGUGCCUCGACAACAACGGUGGUUGCUGGCAGGAUACCAAAAUGAACGUCACGGCCUGCAAGGACACUUUCCGCGGCCGCGUGUGCGAAUGCCCGGUGGUCAACGGGGUGACCUUCUCUGGGGAUGGCUACACGCACUGCGCACCUUCGGGCGUGGGCAAGUGCAGCCUAAACAAUGGCGGGUGCUGGAGCAUGAAGGACCCCCACAGCAGUACCGUCUUCUCCGCCUGCCGCGAGGGCGUCGACCACUGCGUCUGCCCGCCGGGCUUCCGCGGGGAUGGCAUCACCUGCCAGGACAUCGACGAGUGCGCCUCAGACUCGACCGUGUGCAAGUGCCCCGAGUGCAAUUGCCGCAACACGAUUGGCUCCUUUGAGUGCACCUGCAGUGCCGGGAAGCUCUACAUGCGCGACCACGACACCUGCAUUGUUGCGUCCUCUGAAAGCGGCAGCAGCAAGGCUACCUCAUCUACAAGUACAGGCUCAGACAAUACAUGGAUUCGGAGAUCCGGGCUAUCAUGGCCCAGUACAUGCCUCUUGACAGCACGCAGGAGCAGGCGGGGGCACAGCUGGUCGAAAGGGAUGGCGCCGUGUAACUGUAUGUGGCCAGUUUGUUUUCAGGCGCUCAAGAAGCUGGUGUCUCGUCGUCGACGAGGAUGGUUGUAG